GUAAGGCCAGAUUGUUGUUGUGGAUGCAUGUAUUUUAAAUAUGACUGACUGACUGUUAUUAUGCAUGCACUUCUUCAGCCAUGCAUGUAAUAAGAAGUGAGAUCAAAGCAAUUAGUGGUUUAGUUCAGUCUUCUUGGCUGCGGCACGUAGUCGGGGAAGCCCUUCCGUAUAAAAUGGAGACGCUGUCCUGCAUUUGGUAUCAGUCUGAUUUCAAAUUCCUCUUAAACCGAAACUUAAUCCUUUUUUGUGUCCCUGGUAUAAAUAAAACUCGGAAAUUUUUAGUACGAAAAGUUUUCGUCAUAAAUAAAAAGUUGAAAUCUGAACCUUGGAUAAAGCUGAACUGAACUGAAAUCUGAAUCGCCAUGAAUUUCCUGACUAUAAAUCCCAGCAAGAAACCCAUCGCGGUAACGAGGCAUCUUAUCGGUGGGACGUUUCUUCAACCGAUUAGAACACUGGGGCAAACAGCAUCCGCCACGGCGUCAUGUUCUCCUGCGUAUAGUGGACCGUUUUCGCUUGGACCCCCGAAACCAAAACUGAUUCCGACCACGCUCGACCGUGUUUUCCUGCGAUGGAGUGGUCACUACGUUGAGGGAGAUGCGAUUCCCAGACUUAUCGAUGGGAACGUUAUUCACCGAGCCCGGAGUUUGGCAAUCGUUCGUAUGAACCUGAUCUUCAUGUUUGCCGCUGUCGUGGCGAGUGGGGCGAUGGUCAUGUCCGGCAAGGCAGCCGCGGAAAGGGGGGAGUCCCUCCAGCAGCAAAAUCUCGACUGGCACAAGCACAUCAACGAUACUCACAAGUGGAGCCAGGAGGCAACCAUGCCGUACUAAAUUUUCCAAAAAGUAGCCAAAUUUCGAUAAGGCAGCCGCAAAGUUUAAUUUAUCGCAGUUAUUUUGUAUCUUAUUUUUAAUCGCGCAGCUAAAUAUAGUGUAGUUUUAUUAUUUGACUGAAAUAUUGUGCCAGAAUUUUAAGUUAUCUUAUUUUAGCUUGUUUUUGGAAGAAUCGAUUUGAUUAAAUAAAUCAAUUUGAGCAAAAGUUA